ACAUGAUCAAUGUACUGUUUAGCACAGGAUCUAGCUUUAUAUCAGUGAUACCAGCUAGACCAGUAGUGUUCUGUAGCAAUGACUCCAGGUGUAGCAGUAGAGAAGAAAAAGAGAUGUGCUUCUGACGAAGGAGGAGGAGGAGGGGGAGGAUGCUGGAAACGAGCUGAGACCCUAUCAGAAGAUGAGGAUGAGAUGUGUAGCAAGCUGAGCAAACACAGGAGGGGUUCAGGGGGGUACACCCCUGCCCCUGGCGGCCCUUUCUCAGCCCUCAUACCCAGCAUGUGGCCACAGGAUAUUCUUGCCAAAUUAGCACAGACUGAAGAUGCCGGUGCUGUAGGAGAUUUUCGAUAUGACGAGUUUGGAUUCAGAGUGGAAGUGGAAGAUGCAGCCGAGCCCAACUCCAGUAAGCUCCUGAGUGAACCGUUCAUAGAGGACCCCCAGCAGAGAUUGAAAUGGACAGCAUACUUCGAGUUCGCUCACAAUAAAGAGGUCGGAGAUCUCACAUGGGAAUCGAUGGACAGCCGGUUACCCCAGACGGAAAAGUUACGUUCGCUGGUCCGAGAGGGCAUUCCACACAGCAUGAGGCACCAGCUGUGGAUGAGACUCUGCGGUGCGCAGGAGAAGAAGAGUAGCAGCGAAAUGUCAUACAAGGAGAUCAUCAAAGCAAGUUCCAGUGACCAGUCCAUGGCAGCCAAGCAAAUAGAAAAGGACCUUCUACGUACCAUGCCCACCAAUGCGUGUUUCUCAAACCAGAAGAGCACCGGCGUCCCGAGGUUACGAAGAGUCUUGAGAGGCAUCUCAUGGCUCUAUCCUGAUAUAGGCUACUGUCAAGGAACAGGCGUGAUUGUCUCUUCAUUGCUUCUGUUCAUGGAUGAGGAAGAUGCAUUCUGGAUCAUGUGUUCAGUCGUUGAAGAUCUUGUUCCUCCGUCAUACUUCUCACACACGCUCCUAGGUGUACAGGCUGACCAGAGAGUAUUAAGACAACUGAUGGUCAGCUAUCUUCCAGAGCUUGAUCAGCUACUUAAGAGCCAUGAUAUAGAGUUAUCCUUGAUCACACUGCAUUGGUUUUUGACUGCGUUUGCCAGUGUAGUUCAUAUGAAGGUGCUACUGAGAGUCUGGGAUAUGUUCUUCUUCGAUGGAUCUAUCGUACUCUUCCAGAUCACACUUGCCAUGUUCAAAAUGAAGGAGGAGGAGCUGUUAUCGUUGGAUAAUUCGGCUCAGAUCUUCAAUGCCUUGUCAGACCUGCCAGGAGUAGUGGAUGAUAUGGAUAAACUUGUAAAGAAAUAUGAGAUUGGUAUGCGCCACUCUGCCUCCCUGACAGACAUCAUUGUGGACACACACAGACGGAAACAUCUAGCCUAUCUCAUGGCUGAACAAGGUGCUAUCGUCAACCCAGAGUCCGCAGGAAACCUUCCAAAACAGCAAGUGAACAAACGUCAACUACAGAGGAGAAAAUCUCUGAUGGGGGCUCUAUUCCCUAAUCAAGAUGACUCUAAUGACCUGAAAGCCAAGAACAUCCACCAGACAGAGCUUGUAUCUGAUCUCAGAGAAGGCAUCCAACAGAUCGGAAGACACUUCCAAGCCAUCGACCCCAAGAAUGCAAAAAUAGGUUUGAUACCCGACUACUCUCUUGAGAGCCAUCAGAAAGACCAUGAACAGUUUGUAAACAUCACAAGAACAAGGAAAAGAAGGGCCAAAGCACUGCUUGACUUUGAGAGGCACGAUGACGAUGAGUUAGGCUUCAGGAAAAAUGACAUCAUCACAAUCAUUUCUCAGAAAGAUGAGCAUUGCUGGGUUGGAGAACUGAACGGUCUUAGAGGAUGGUUUCCAGCAAAGUUUGUAGAGAUCUUAGAUGAGAGGAGUAAGCAGUACACCAGCGCAGGCGACGAUGCCGUCACAGAAACUAUCACAGACCUAGUCAGAGGAUCGUUAUGUCCUGCUCUGAAGUCUGUAUUUGAGCAUGGUUUGAAGCAGCCUACAAUCCUAGGAGCAACAUACCACCCAUGGCAUUUCAUUGAAGAGGCAAGUGCCAAGGAGGUUGAGCGAGACUUUGAAUCUGUGUACUCUAGACUGGUGCUUUGUAAGACAUAUAGAUUGGAUGAAGAUGGUAAGGUAUUAACACCAGAAGAGCUUCUCUACCGGUCAGUCCAGGCGGUCAAUCUAACCCAUGAUGUAGCUCAUGCACAGAUGGACGUCAAGUUCAGAUCAUUGGCUUGUCUAGGCCUCAAUGAACAAGUCCUCCACCUCUGGCUAGAAACCCUGUGCUCCUGCGACAAGAUCGUUGAGAAGUGGUACCACCCGUGGUCCUUCCUGCGUAGCCCUGGCUGGGUCCAGAUCAAGUGCGAGCUUAGGGUCCUCUCAAACUUUGCCUUCAACCUCUCACAGGACUGGGAGCUGCCAAUCAAGAAAGAUACAUGGGGAAGAGCCGUGAAUACUCCACAGAGCCAAAAGUCGUUAAAAGACAGCGUGCAAGACAUGCUCAUCAAGCACCAUCUCUUCAGCUGGGACCUCUAACUUCUAACCUUUGACCUUUGGUUGACCCAUGACCUCUGACCUUGGAUGGGGGUCAAUCAUUGCACAUCCGGAAGCUCACUGCACCCUCCUGAUUGGAUUCUUUUAGGUUCAUUAAUUCAUCUGUGGAUUGUAAGGUUGAUUAACUUUUAAGUUAUUACAGAUAUAUUGUUAGUAGCAUGCAAGAAGUCGUGGGACUUUAUUCUUAUGGUACUCUCAUAUGUCAUAACCUCAUUGAAUGAAUCCUUCUUUUAUGGUUACUUUGUUUUACUCUAACUUGACAUCGCACUAAUGUAGUAUUUAUAUGGUGACCAAGGUCCAUGUGGACAUUGCACAUGUAUGUCAGAGUUAAAUCCUCAAUUAUGUGCACUUCAUGUAUUUCAUGACGGCGUAAAGAGGCUCAUCGUUUUCUGCCAAGAGGUUAUGAAAAAUUAAAGGAAAAUGCCAAUUUCACUGAUGUGACAAACAUGUUUUGAUGUUCGAUAUCAAUUGUGUGCUAUUCCCGAGGGUGACAGUGCUAGGCUCAGGUCAUCUCACUUUUGCUGAACAAUUUAUUUGUACGAUUCACAGGGGAAUAUUCAAGCAUGAAAACAAAUGAUCCGUCUUUAGAAUGUCAGCGUGUAGGAAUUUUAACCCGGGAAGAAGAAAGUGUGUUGAACCCUGCCUACAAUAGAACAUUCCUGUAUCAUUGGUAUUGUAGAUUCAGUAUGAUCAUUUCUUUUAAUAGUCCCAGCUGUUUGUUUCCUUGUGGGGAUGUUGGACCCCGCCCUUCUUCCUGACACAAAAAAGUUUGUUGAUCCCAAUAUUAAAGCUCUGAUUGCUUGUAUGAAGUUAUUAUGUAAACACAAAGAUAGUCAUGACCCAAAAUGGAACAUGGAACGCUCUGCAAACAUAUGACUAUUUGUGUAAGAUGAUCAGUCAAAUCAAAUUUAAUACCUCAGUCAGACUGCUAGAUCGACUCCAUACCAACUCCAAACCGACCGAUUCUUUGCCAUUGGAGGUAACAUCAUUGUUUGAUCGGUCUGUUCUCGGUCUGUCAUUGGUUUGGUAGGUGUGACUGUGGUAUUAGGACACAUGCCAACAGAAUGGACUGUGCACUCAGUACAAGUGAUGUCAGGCUUUUGGAAUGUUUUAUUUUCGGUUCACGUGGAUUGCAAUGUGCAAUUUGAAUUCUCAUAGUCGAUGCUAGUGAGCAAAUUUGUCAUAUAAAUAAUUUCAUAGUACAAUCUGUAUUAAGUGAUUACAGGCUUUUGUAUGUAUUUAAUGAUAGAUGUUUCAAGAAAAAAUUCUGAAAAGGAAGAAUUUCAAGGAUAAGUUAUACUGAGGUUGGAAAUAUAUACAAAGAGGGUUUCUAUCUACACUUUGAAGUUCAAGAAAGAUAAAGAUCUCCACUCAAUACAAGUUGUUUUCAUCAGGAAUGGUUUUAUAUCCUUGGAAAUUCCUGUUUAAAAUAUUAUCAAACAUCCUCAAAGUCAAUACCGGCCCUACUCACACAAACGAGACCACCAAAAGACCGAACAAGAAUUAACCACAAAUGCCCAAGAAUCAGUCAGUUUAGAGUCGGUUUUUGGUGGUCUGACUGAGGCACAAGGCUGGUAAUAUAUACUGGAUAGUUUGCAAGAAGUUUUCCAGCUUGAAUGAACAGAUCUUGCACAAAACACUUGUUGUACAUGUGACCAAACUCAUGUAGUAGAGUGUAGGGAUAUCCCAGACCCUGAUGUCAUUUCUACACACACACACACACACACACACACAUGUUUGUUGAAUUAUCAAGGCUCUCCAUACCCAGAGGGCAGGGAGAAUCGGAUAGAAAGGGGAGAGUACUGUCCAGCCAGCCAAUCAGAAUGCUGUGUUUAGAAAGAGGGCGGAGUCUGCUUGUGGUGGCCCCUCCCAUCUCAGUGGGCUGCAUUCUAGGAAAUGCACAUGAGGAAAGACAAAAAGAGAGAGAGAGAGCUAAAAAUAGCACCCCUAACAUUUUGAUUAAGAUUAAGGCCAAAACAUUAACUACAUAGUGUAUGGAAACAGCACACUGUACAAGGAACAUAUUAAAUCUGCCUUAGAGGCAAAAGAGCUGUAACUUAGAAGAAGAUGUUAAGUUAACAUACAUGUCGAGUUCAUGCCUUUUGGGUCACAGCAGACAAAUUGCUAAUAUGUAUGGUAUUAACAUGAACAUCCUGGAGCUUGCCGAAAGAAAAUUAUUACUUUAUUUUCAAUCAGUUAUAUAAAUAGCUGGACCACACCCCUUUGUUUUUUCUUAUCUCCCAGAUGAGUCAGUUUGUUUCGGUACUGUUUGUCUGGAUUACCUUAACCUCAUGGAACUUUGUUUUGUCUCAAUUUUUUCAAGUUCAAUAUUCAUCAAACCAUGAUGCUAGGUCUGACAAUCAAAUUGAAAGCUUCCUUUUCUUUCCUUUCAAGUGUGUGGUUAGAGAGAGAUCUUCUAGUCCAAAAGUGGAGGAUGAAGUCCAUGGCAACUUGCCAAGAAAUUAAUUUGCCACUUUAUGAAACCUCAAAUUACUAUGCCAUGAGCGUUUACGAAAUAUGCCAUUAAGAAAACCACAGUAUUGCCUGCCAGUCAAUGCCAUGAAGCUUAUUUAGGUUUUAGUCCAUUCACAACAUUACUAGUUGUAGCAGCUGAAAGUUAUUACCAGUUUUGCUUUGGCAUGGUGCCAUGUGCUCAAAGCUGGUGACCAGUUAAUGAAUCAUAACAAAUGGAUUUGCCAUUUUGUAAAUAAAUCACUCAAACUUCAUUUUGUGUGAUUUUAAUGAGUGAGGUAGAAGAGGGUGUUAGCCGUAUUUAGUUUGCAGUUUUAAUCAAUCUCUGUUUUGUGGUUUUAUGAUUAUAUGUACAUGUUCAUUAGGUUUUGCAGUUGAACGGUUGGUCCCUUUCUAAUUGUAAUUGAAAUGCCAAAUCGAAGGGCAAGGACCUUUAGUAUUUAUGUUUGAGUUUGCCACCCAAAAUAUUACUUGUAGUCUUUGGGAAAGUAUGUAUGUCAAUCACAAGUCCUGAUCUUUUUUCAAGUUACUGUUUUACUUUUUUGUUCACAUUUAUUUAAUGGAUUGUUGGUAUAUUUGUUUAUAUACUUGCAAUGAAAUUAAUCCAUAUUUGAAGUUUGGCUUACUCUUUAGAGAUGUUUUUUCCCUGCUGAUUGUACUUACCGGUAUGAGCAUCUUUUCCAAGGUUUUUGUCUCUAUCAUAUUAUUUAACUUCAUUUAGAUAAAAUUUGAUUUAAAACAAAAUUGUUCCAGAUUUUUGUGUUACUGCCAAAGAAAUUGUUCAGGGAGGGCAGAAUUAUGCUGUGUAGAAUAUGUGCAAUGUUAACAUGACAAUUAAAAGGUUUUUGUUUAUUGCCAAGUUUUGUAUUACUGUUUAUGAUUAGAAAGAAUGAUUUAUUUAGCUGUUAGUUUUAAGCGAUUACCAUUAUUUUGUGAGUUAAAUUUGAUUUAAUUUAAGUUAUGUGUCUGAAAUAUUUUGUUUGAUUUGCCUCAUUUGCUGGAGUUUUUUUCGUCGGUGGAUAUGUUCUAUUUUCUGAUUAAAUUGAGUCCAUAUCUCAUUUGUUGUGUAUUUUCCAUAACACAUUAUGACAUAUGCAGUGCAGCUCUGGAAGUUUUAACUUACUUUUGCAUUGUAUCACAGUGCAGGGUAGCGUGACCUUAUUCAGUAGUGCAUUGUGUACAAAACAAAAAGUUUGAGUCCAUUGUUUGAGCCAAUCUAUUGUGCACCCUUAUAUGAUAUUGCAUACUGCUCUACUUAUGCUUACUGGUGAGGCACUAUGCAUGUACAGCAUGGGGCUGUCAGUACAUGUUUAUAAACAGCACUUGCUCAUUCAGUUCUACAAACAAUUUUUCAUUUUCCAACAUAAUGAUUUUUAAGAUUAUGUUAAAUAUCUUGAUUCUAACAUACAUGUUUAAGCACCUUGGAAAGUCUCUUAGUACAUUUGUUAUUUAUUUUCUUAAUCACAAACAAAAUAUGAUUAAUCCAUCUAUGUCCAAAAAUUGAAUAAUAUUGUGAAUCAUAUAAUUUAACAGUGAAUGUCAACACAUGGAUUUCUUGCUGGUGUGAUGUUAUUAAUAGUUUAGCACUUGACUUGAAUUGGAUCAUUUAGAGAUACUCAUAUUAAGUAUACAAUUACAGUAUGGAUACCCAUACAUGUACAUCUGCACACUAACAUGUAAACAAAUGUACUAUUAUUGUUUAUGACUUAGUAUGUAACACUUGUAUUCAUUAGGUUAUGAUCACAUAUUCCAUUCAACACUUUCCAUUCCUAAAGCAUAUUAUUACUUGUAUUCAUUUGAGGUAUGAUCACACAUCUUAUCUAACUUUUCCAUCCUUAUGGUGUAUUUAUCUUUGUAUUCAUCUUUGUAUUCAAUGUGUAAUGCAUUCUUUCAGCCAUUCUCUCAUUCAUUCAUUCAUUCAUUCGUUCGUGCACUCAUUCAUUCAUUUGUUCGUUCUUUCACUCAUUCUUGUAUAUUCCUUCACUCCAGCAUGCAUACGUUUUAUCAACAUGUUUACUCCUUUGGUAUCGUGCAUCAUUGUGUAGUAAUUCUUUUUGACUUACAAACUAUCCUUUCAAAUUCCACUGUCCUAAUUUUCUUUCAUGUUAUGUCAUAUGUGUGCUAGAUAACAGUGCCUAACCCAAUUAAAUGGGCAAAGAGCUUUGAUGGGAUUGUACAAGGCCAGUAACUUAAGUGUAUCGUCUUGUAAAAUCACUAUUGUGAAUAUCAAGACAUGCAUUUAAAUAUGUAUUUAUCCAAAAGCUAUAUAUAUAUAUAUAUAUGUAAAUUAAAAGUAGUACUGUUUUGUCUUCAAUUUGAAUUCUUUCGGAGAGGGAUAAAUGAAUCAUUCCAAUAGUUCAGUACUUAGAGUUAUAACUAUAUAUGUUUAGCAUCAAAUUCAAUCAUUGUAAUUGGCAAGCAUUCCACAAAGAUAUGUUUACAGUGUUGUGGUCAGAUUUUCUUUCAUAUAAUGUGUGCAAUCUUCUAUCCCAAAUUGUCUAUUCUUCAAACACAUAUAUUCCCAUAUUGAAAUAUACCUAUUUAUUAUACCUAUGAAUUGGUUAAGUGAUUUAUUAUGUAGAUUUUGUUUUAAAUAUAUCUUUAAUAAAGAUAUAAUUUUUUGGUUAUAUCAAACUUACUCAAAAUCAAAUAAGGAGAUUGCAAUAUUGAUUUUAUUUUGAAAGCUUGUUGUGGGAACGUACAAAAACAACAAAACUAUGUUGCUUCAUCAAAGAACUAGUUUGAAUAAUUACAAUGGUCUUUAUUGGGUAUCAAAGAUGCAAGUACAUGUACUUCCAAUAUUACUAUAUGGAAGAUGGAUUAGGAUUGGCUAAUGCAGGUACAGAUGUAUUUCCAUUGACGAAUGAGAUGUUUUCUUUCUUUGAUCAGGAGAAGGUAGCUAAUAGGGUGAAUUUAAACACUUCGUCGACCUCGACAUUUGUUUGUUAACCAUUUUCCAUCUUCAUUCCUGUUUCUGUCUCCUUACUUACAGACAUUGCCAGCCCUGAGAGCUAGUGUUCGUGACAUGCUUAUUAAAUAUCACCUCUUCAGUUGGGAACUGUGAGGGCGGUAGUUAAGUCACAGUAGGAAUUGUUGCGUCAGUUAUGAAAGUUAUGGGAGAUUCCUUAACCAACACUACUUAUUAUUGGGGUCAGAGUUAUUGGAAAAAUAGUAUGUGGACGAUUAAUGUGAUACAUCUGUGGGUUAGUUCAAGGAGGCAUUCUCCACAGUACAUUUAUUAUUGCAUAUGCGGCUUAUGAAGCGCAAUGGCUCAGUGGUAGAGCAGUGGUAUCGUAAUCAGACGAUCCCGGGUUCAAACCCAAGUCGAUGCUUUAUUGGGAAGGCAUUAAUCUUCAUAACUAAGUCCCUUGGAGGAGGAUAUCAUUCCUGACAUUUUGUUUUUUAUCCAAACAUCAGUGUAAAAGGGGCAAUAAAUGUAUUUGUGGGGUUGUAAAAGUUUGUAGGGUCUCUAAUAAAUUACUAGCAAUACAAGGGUUGUUUGGGGGUUGGGUUUAGCUCAAAUGUCAGGUAAAACUAAUUACCCUCCACAGUGAAACCCGGUAGACACCCAGAAAUAAACAUAAUUUGUAUAUAUUCUCAUUUAUUUAUCUCGCUUCUCUAUUUCUUAUUCAAAACAUCUCAUUUAUUAAAGACUUGAUGCUUAUAUUUAAAAAAGGAGUUCCAACUCUUUGGUUAGAUAAAAAAAAAGGCUUGUUUUCUUUAAAGCUCUCACAGUUGAGUGGCUUCAAAAAUGUACUUUAUUAGCUAUUUAUCAUAUCCUGAAGCACACAAAACAUAAACAAACAUCCCAGUCUUCAUUAUUGUCCAUGUACUUUACAUA